AUGUCUUACCACGAUUAUAAUGUGUUUAAGAAAGAGAUGACCAACAACUAUAACAACCUAUACCCGAGUAAUUACAACUCCAUUUCCGAUACCACCUACGCUGACGUCGCUGCCCCGGUAGGUCUGGUGGUGGGAUUGCUGGUGGGUGGUAGUUUGCUCUUCUGCCUUCUAGUCAUGUGCUGUUGCUGUUGCAAACAUACUACCCGGGGGAGGGUACUCGUACCGCCGCCCCCGCUCACCCCGCCCACGCCGCCGGUGCCGCAAGUGUACAUACACCAAACUUACGCCGGAAUGCCUAACGCUGGACCAUCUCUGUGCCCCGAGAUGGCACCGAUUUCCCAACCGUACAAAGCGGGAAGCGCUACGGCACUUGUACCAGUUCCAGACUACCCGCCUUCGUACGAUACCGACAGACUGCUGCAUGGUGAUGGCGACGCAAACACGCACCCCUCCUAG